AGAAUCAUGUACAAUAUAAAAAAAUUACUUAAAAUAUAAAGAAAAGCAAUCACGAUCAUUGUAAACUCUUAUAUAGUCUAGGAUUAGAGUGAAAAGUUAUUAAUGGCAAUUAAAAGAAUAGAAGGAUAAGAUGGAAUAGAUAUAGGCAGAAGCAGAAGGCGUGAAAGAGGGAUGGCGUAUGGAUGUUGUUGCCGUUGGCAGUGGGCGGAGGCGAAAUCCACGGGCUUGGGCUGUUGGUUGUCUUCCUCAACUGCGAAAACAAGACCUAGGCCUGUGAUUGUUUCUGUUUCCCACGCCAGCAGUAGCAGCGGAAGAAGAGAAGAAAACAUCAAAGGGUCAGGAACUACCGCGAGAGGUCGGAGGUUGCUCAGGAUUCGUGAAGAGAAACAACAGCGGGAGUACGAUCGUCUUAACAACUACCCUGCUUGGGCAAAAGUCCUGGAAAAUGCUUGCAAAGACGACGCUGAACUCCGUGCCGUACUCGGAGACAGUAUUGGCAACCCUGAACUCAUGAGGAAACGGGUCGAAGAUAGGGUUCGAAAGAAGGGUAGAGACUUUCAAAAGUCUAAAACAGGAUCCGUCCUCGCUUACAAAGUCACCUUUAGAGAUUUCAAUCCACUUGAUUCAUAUAUCUGGUUUGAGUUGUUUGGACCACCAUCAGAUCGCGAUGUCAAUCUAAUUGGUAAUGUUAUUCAAUCAUGGUAUGUCAUGGGUCGCCUUGGUGCUUUCAAUUCUUCAAAUUUGCAGCUGGCAAAUUCAUCAAUGGAGUAUGAUCCUCUAUAUGAUGCAGACAAGGGUUUCAAAGUGAUGCCGUCUUCUUUCCAUGAUAUCAGUGAUAUUGAGUUCCAGGAUAACUGGGGACGUGUUUGGAUUGAUUUGGAUUACAUGAUUGAGGCCAAGACACGAACUAGAAGAAGAGAGAUCAGAAGAAACAUUCAAAAUGUUUCUGAAUAUGGUGGACUUGGGUACGUCAGAUUAUUUUGCAAUUGAUGUGCUUCUCAACUGCUUAACUGUCUUGAGCUCGGAGUAUCUUGGAAUCCAACAAGUUGUUUUUGGGGGUCGCCGCAUGGGUGAUUGGGAAGAGGGGAUGACAAAUCCGGAGUAUGGUUACAAAUACUUCAAGAUAUAAUCUGGGACUGGUUGUACUUGAUAUCAGUCCAUGCAUUGUACUUUCGAUUUGGUUUAAAAACAUAAUAAUAGUGUUUCUUUUUGUGUGGUA